ACGCAGUACAAGACCAAUACAACUACACGGCAACCGUAUAUCUCCGUGCGAACCCUGUGACAGCGCUCGUCACUCCCCUCGCCUCCCGUGUACCGUCGAGUCCAUUGAACGGCGGCGUACCGAUCGCCCGCCGUCGUCACCGGUCGGUGCGUGCCGUCGCCGUUGUUUGAGAGUUGUUCCGUCGCGUUCUCGUGCGUGCGUGCGCGCGCACUCACCGACAGUGGCCGUCGCCAGUGCGUGCGUGCUGGAGGACUGCAUUCUUUGGGCGACCGCAAGAACGCGUACGACCCGUCACGACGACCACCGCCGACUGUUAUUGUUGUCGUAUUUUAUCGGCUCAUUUUCAUGCUAUAUUUUUGUUUACCGUUUAUCAUUAUCGUGUUGUUGUUAUUAUUAUUGUUUUCAUUCUGGGCCGUUGAUAAACCCGAAACCGAUUACGUCGCGAAAACCGUUAGACCGUUGAAAACGGCCGUUACGCGCGUGCUAUGGCUUUUGAAAAACAGCAACAGGUGCCGUCCGCCGGUGGCCUUUGUGCGGUUCACGGAUCGUUGUAUCGAGCAUCGUGUGCCCGACAGUUACGGUUCUGAAUUUUUUUCGGUAUUUAGUCGUAAAUUAUUUUAAUCUACAAUACAUAUAUUCGUGCGUACGUGAUAUACGGUGAUACCUGUGAAUAUCUAUCGUACAAUGGAAGAAGAAGAAAGGGACGACGGUAGAUGGCGAAGGCAACGACUACUUUGCCAGGAUAAUACUUUGCUCACCGCCAUCGUGGCUGUUUUAUUGCUCGUCCUUACACUUGCCGCUCGUUCUGAAUGUCAAUCCUACCAGGCUCCUCGGUUCAUCACACAGCCAACAUCAACUAAAAAUGUCAUAGGUGAAGGACAAACAAAAAUUAUUCAGUGCCAAGCUCUUGGUUUUCCUGCUCCGGUUUACAAAUGGUACAAAGAUGGCAAAGAAGUAGGAGAUUUUUCAUCCGAAUAUCAAUCAUUUCGUCUCUUAAAUCUUAAACACGAUGAUGGAGGAACAUACCAGUGUAUAGCAAAAAAUGAUGUUGGAUCAAUUGUAUCACAAAAAAUUGAAAUCAAUAUAGCUUAUAUGGACAACUUUAUGGAAGUUACUGACCCUAUAGUCAGAGUUGAUAGAGGUCAAGCGGCAAUUUUGGAAUGUCCGCCAAUUAAAAGCUACCCACCACCCAUGGUACAGUGGUUAACUGAUGACGGUACUCAGUUGUACGACAUCAAAUAUGCCUCAGUUGCAGAGACGCAUCAAUUAGUUGUCUUAUCAGUCUCCGAAAGUGAUCAAAAAGCCUACAGGGUGAGAGCUACGAAUCCAUUAUUAGGAAAAGAUGAGUUUAGUCAAUAUUUAAGAAUAAAUAUAGUUGGAGGCUCUCAAACGGGAGAAAUCGCUCCUUAUUUUGUAGUUAAGCCUAAAGGAAGACAUGUGAUUAAAGGCCAUAAAACUACUGAACUUCAGUGUAUUGCUAAUGCAAGGCCUUUGCACGAAUUGGAAACCUUGUGGUUCAAAGACGACAUACCUAUAGAAAAUACAAAUGGCAUUGACUAUAUUUACAACGACCCAUGGAACAGAACUUUAUCCCUUAUAAAUGCCAAACUAACCUAUACAGGUCGAUAUACUUGUCAAGUACGAUUUUUAUCUGGAGGUUAUUCACCUAUUUCUGCAGAUGCUGAUAUUUUUGUUUUGGAACCUCCAACAUUUGUUGGUAAUUUAAGAAUGGAAACUCUUGGUGAGUAUGGGUCUACUGUUAGAAUAAGUUGUGAUACUAUUGGUGUACCACAACCCAAAAUAACGUGGUACCGGAAUGCAGAAACAAUAGGUCAAAAUAAUAGGUAUACUGUUGAAGAAGACGGUACUCUAGUAAUUAAGAAACUUAACAUAGAAGAUUCCGGUAUGUUUCAAUGUGAAGCAGAAAACGAAGCCGGAUCAGAUUCUAUUAGUACGUGGUUGAAAGUUAAAAGACGUUCUAAACGGUGGACGAGACCUUCUGUGUACAGAAUGAUGCCGUGGCAACACCCGAGUGCCCGAAAAAUGCCUCCUACAGGUCCAAUCAUUGAGAAUGAACCACAAAAUUCUACCAUUUUAGAAGGAAAUGAAGUGAUAUUGUCUUGUCGGGUUAUUGGUGCACCUAAACCAAAUACAACAUGGCUUUUUGGAGAUUUAUUUGUCUCAUUAAACGAAAGAAUUCACAUAUUAGAUACUGGAGACUUGUUUAUUUCAUCCACAAAAGUUCAAGACUCUGGCAAAUAUACUUGUAUACGAUCGAAUGAAGCGGGUUCUGUUGAAAUGCAUGCUUAUAUUAAAGUUUUAGGUAAAACUACAAUUGUUGAGCCACCUACAGAUACAAAAGUUUUGUUAGGGCAGAAUUCUAUUAUGAAGUGUAAAGUAUCCAGUGAUCCUACAGUACUAUAUCAAAUUGACUGGUUUCACAAUAAUAAGAGUCUGGGUGCAGGUAAUUCUAGAAUAAGAGUUUCUGCUGAUGGAACAUUGGAAAUAGGAGUUGUACGUGCAGGUGAUGCUGGUAUCUACACUUGUUCAGUUUCAUCACCUGGAGGCAAUGAAAAAAGACAUGCACAUUUAAGUAUACUUGAAUUACCUUAUCCUCCCAAUGUUGCUCAAGCUGAACGUGUUGGACCUAGAGCUGUUAAUGUUUCUUGGACAGUUGGUUUUGAUGGAAAUAGCCCUAUAUUAAAGUAUAUAGUGCAAAAACGUCAAAUUGAGACUCAAUCUGUACUAGAUCCACUUGUUGAUUGGGUUACUGAGCUCACCAAUAUAUCUGCCAAUGCUCGAUAUGUAAUAUUAGAAAAUUUGAAGGCAGCUCUUACAUAUCAGUUCAGAAUAAGUGCUGUGAAUGCAAUAGGCGAAGGAACACCAUCUCAGCCAAGCAAUUUCAUAACAUUACCACAGCAAGCUCCAUCUGGACCACCUUUAGGUUUUGUUGGAUCGGCUAGGUCAAAUUCAGAAAUUAUUACCCAGUGGCAACCACCUUUAGAAGAACAUCACAAUGGACAAAUUCUGGGAUACAUAAUUAGAUAUAGGUUACAUGGCUACAUUAAUAGUCCAUGGACUGUUCAUAAUAUUACAAGCGGAGCUCAACAUUAUUAUUUAAUCCAAGAUUUAAUUACAUGGAAAGACUAUGUACUUCAAGUAGCGUCCUAUAACAACAAAGGAGUUGGCGUUUAUAGUGAUAGUAUAAGAAUAAAAACUAAAGAAGGAGUUCCAGAAGCAGCUCCUAUAGAUGUAGUUGCUAGACCAAUAAAUAGCACUUCAGUUCAAGUUUGGUGGAAACCUCCAGAUCCUCAAAAAAUCAAUGGUAUCAAUCAAGGUUAUAAACUUCAAGCAUGGAUUGGAGAACGAGUAGAACAUGAAAUGACUGUAGCUCCUAGUCUUUUCGACCCACUUGCUCAGCAGACCACUACAUUUGUAAAUCUAAAAAAAUUUACAGCCUAUAAUGUAACAGUAUUAUGUUUCACGGAUCCUGGUGAUGGUCCAAUCAGUAAUCCUUCUUUAGUUGUUACUCAUGAAGAUGUACCUGAUGUAGUUGGUAGCCUUCAUUUCGAAGACAUAUCUGACCGUUCUGUAAAUGUUGUUUGGACUGUACCACAACAUACAAAUGGUCAUUUAAUUGGUUACACUGUCUCUUAUUCCAUUCGUGAUCGUCCAGAAACAACACACUUGGUCAAUACAACAUCAGAUAUCACCAGCAUUAUAAUAGAUCAACUGCAAGCUACCACUCAUUAUAAAUUUGAAGUAUUUGCUUGGACAAAAGUGGGUUCAGGUCCUAGUAGAGUAGCCACAAUACAAUCUGGUAUAGAACCUGUCUUACCUAAUCCGCCUACCAAAUUGGCUAUUACAAAUAUUGAACCAUUCUCAGUUGUACUUCAAUUUACACCUGGGUUUGAUGGAAAUUCCUCUAUUACUAAAUGGGUUGUUGAAGCACAAACUGCAAGAAACACAACAUGGUUUACAGUUCACGAAGAAAGUAGUCCAGAAGCAACUACUUUAAAAGUUCUUCAGUUGGUUCCAUAUACCUUAUAUCGUUUAAGAAUCACUGCGUGGAAUGUAGUUGGUGCAUCAGAACCUUCUGACCCAACUAAAGAUUUUCAAACAAUUCAAGCACCUCCAGCUCAUCCUCCUUACAAUGUUACUGUCCGUGCAAUGUCUUCUACUGAACUUCGUGUUCGUUGGAUUCCUUUGCAACAAAGUGAAUGGUUUGGUAAUGGGAAAGGUUACAAUAUUACCUAUAGAUUAUUUAAUACUACUGUUGUGAACACAGUAACAAUUGAAGAUAUUACUUCUAAUUCAUUUGUUUUGGACUCUUUGAAAAAAUUCACUCAGUAUAAUGUAACUAUGAAUGCGUUUAAUGAUGUAGGGUCUUCUGGGCCUAGUCCUUCAGCUUUUGAACGCACAAGAGAAUCGGUACCAUCCAUGGGACCAAUUAAUGUAAUUGCAAAUGCAACAUCUUCUACUACCAUUGUAGUUAGUUGGGGUGAUGUGCCUUCUGAUCAUCGAAAUGGAAUUGUUGAAGGAUUUAAAGUUUACUAUAAACCAGGGGGUCGUACAGUUUAUCCUGUACAAAUUAAAGAUAUUCCUAAAAAUUCAACAUUCACAACUACAUUGACAGAGUUAAAAAAAUUUGUACAGUAUAGCAUUCAAGUACUAGCCUAUAGUCGAUUAGGUGAUGGUGUGUUGUCUACUCCAAUUACCAGAGUUCAGACGUAUGAAGAUGUUCCCGGUGCUCCAUCAAAUGUAUCAUUCCCAGAUGUUACUUCAACUACUGCAAGAGUUAUUUGGGAUGUCCCAGCUGAUCCAAAUGGAGAAAUACUUGCUUAUCGAAUAAAUUAUCAAUUACAUAGUGCUGAAGGCUACAACUUUUCAAAAGAAUUUCCUGCUUCAGACAGGACAUUUAGAGCAAUCGAUCUUAUUCCUGAUCAGUACUAUAUGUUUUGGGUUACUGCUCAAACACGUUUAGGUUGGGGUAAAAGUCAAUCUGCUCUGGUUUUUACAUCAAAUAAUCGAGAAAUUCCUCAAGCUCCUUCUUCACCUCAAAUAAGUCGUAGUCAAAUUCAGGCUACGCAGAUCACUUUUAGCUGGACUCCAGGCCGAGAUGGUUAUGCUCCUUUGAGAUAUUAUACUGUACAAAAGUCUGAAGAAAUUGGGCCAUGGACCACCAUUCCUGAGCGUAUAGAUCCAUCCAUCACAUCUUACACAAUCCAAGAUCUGUUGCCUUUUACUUUAUAUCGGUUUCGUAUUCAAGCAACCAAUGAUAUAGGUCCUAGUACUUACAGUCAUGAAUCUCCUCAAGUCAGGACAUUACCUACCUCACCAAACCGUGUAGUUGGUAAAGUUCAAGUAGUACCCAUUACAACAACAAGUGUGCGCGUCACCUGGGAACCUAUACCAUCACAAUAUUGGAAUGGUGAUACUCAAACUGGAGGUUAUAAAGUAUUGUACCAACCCGUUUCAGACAUACCUAUGGCAUUGCAAACAAUACCAAGUCAAUUAAUUAUGGGAACAAAAGAAAAUACGCUUAUUAUUGGAGAUUUAGUUAGAGAUAGAAAUUAUGAUAUUAUUGUAGUGCCUUUCAAUUCUCAAGGAAAUGGUCCACCUUCCACACCUAUUCCUGUUUAUGUUGGUGAAGCUGUCCCUACAGGUGAACCUCGUAGUGUAUCGGCUUUUGCCAUAUCAUCAACAGAAGUUCGUUUAACUUGGGAACAUCUCCAACAAAAUCAACAAAAUGGAGAUUUAUUAGGAUAUAAAAUAUUUUAUAUUGUUACUGAUUCGCCAAAUGAACAUCGUGUUGAGGAAGAAACUGAAGUUGUUCCAGCUGCUUAUAUUGGUCAUAGUUUGGUGUUUUUAGACAAAUACACAGAAUAUAAAAUCCAAAUACUAGCUUUUAAUCCAGCUGGGGAUGGACCUAGAUCUGCUCCUGUUAUUGUUAGAACCCAUCAGGGAGUUCCUGGUCCUCCAACUGAUCUUACUUUUUCUGAAAUCACAAUGAACAGUCUUAAAGUUUCAUGGAAACCUCCUAAAAGAAAAAAUGGCUUACUUCUUGGUUAUAUCAUUACGUAUGAAACUGCUGAACAAAAUGAACGUUUUAGUAAACAAGUGAAACAAAGAGUGAAUCAAACUUGGCUUCUUGUUCAACCGCUUGAAGAAGAAGUAACAUAUACAUUUUCAGUCAGAGCUCAAACAAUUGAUUUUGGAGUUUCUAUAAAAGGAAAUGUGACCACUGGUCCACAAGUUGGAUCCCCAAAAAGUCCAUUUGACUUAUCCUUAGUAAAAACUGUUUCUAGCGUUGCACUGAAGUGGAAAAAUAGUCCAUCUGGAAAAGGGCCAAUUCUUGGUUACUAUAUUCAAAGCAGACGUAAAGCCAUUCAAGACUGGGAACAUUAUGAUACACGUUGGACAACUGUUACCAAGAGCAACAGUGGACAGUUAGAUGAGUAUGCAGUAUCUUAUCAGAGUUUACUACCAUCUACUUCAUAUUUAUUUAGGAUCGUAGCGUAUAACGAAUUUGGUAUUAGUUAUCCAGCCUAUUCAGAUGAUGUGGUUUUAACACCAUCAAAAUUGUACUUAGAAUAUGGUUAUUUGCAAAUGAAACCAUUCUAUAGACAGACAUGGUUCAUGGUAGCAUUAGCUGCUGCAUCAUUAGUUGUACUUAUUAUGGUUAUAGCUAUUUUAUGUGUAAAAAGCAAAAGUUAUAAGUAUAAACAAGAAGCACAAAAAACAUUAGAAGAAUCCAUGGUUAUGGACAUAGAUGAUCGACAACAACUAGCUAUGGAACUUCAUAGAACGAGAAUGUCCAACAACAAUUCACUGGGACGAAUGUCUAUUCAUAAUACUUUACACCAUUCAUUGCACAGACGCAAGCCUCAGAUAGGAACACUUGGAAAAUCUCCUCCAAGGCCAUCUCCAGCUAGUGUUCCAUACCACAGUGAUGAUGAUAGUGUUAAAGGUUAUGACGAAAAUCCAGAUGAUAGUUCAGUUACUGAAAAACCUUCUGAAAUCAGUUCUACAGACUCUCAAGGAUCAGAAAGUGAAAAUGAAAGCGUGCGGUCAGAUCCACAUUCAUUUGUUAAUCAUUAUGCCAAUGUCAAUGAUUCUUUAAGGCAAUCGUGGAAACGACAAAAACCUGUUAGGAACUAUUCUAGUUAUACAGAUUCAGAACCUGAAGGUAGUGCAGUAAUGAGCCUUAAUGGUGGUCAAAUUAUAAUGAAUAAUAUGGCGCGAUCAAGAGCUCCACUUCCUGGAUUUUCAUCAUUUGUUUAAUAGUAAUCUAGUGAGUGCCAUCUUUACCAGUCCGUCCAUGAUUUUGUUUGAUUUUAAAUAACUAUUUUAAUAUGUUGUACAUUUGAAUAACUUACCAUGACUAAUCAACUGGUUUAUUUAACCAUCUCAUUCUAAAUUAUUAAAUGUCUUUUUAGACUGAUCCAUUUUAUUAAUGUAAAUUUAGAUCUAUUAACAAUAUGAUCUCAAUUUUUAUUUUGAUAUCAAUUAUAAUUCCACUAGAAAAGGUUUUUUUUUUUACUUAUUUUUCUAAAGUUCAUGAUAAUUUUGAGCUACAUUUUCUUAUUUAAAGACUGAUUGUGCUUUUUCUAAAAAAUCAUUUUUCUAUUGAAUUUUUAAUAUACAAUGUGUUCUUAAAAUAGUUGAGGAAAUUAGUAUAAUUGUACCCUCUGGAGUGGCUAAAUGAAUACUUGUAAGAUAUUUCUUGCAAAUUUCUCACGUGAAAAAAUGGUGAUGAGCCCAAAAUUUAUGUUACAUAUCUAUUCAUAUGCAAAAUUUGUAAGAAAUAUCUUACAAGUAUUCAUAUUUUCAUUCAAAAUAAUGUUCGAAAUAUAAUUAGAUAAAACCAAGAUUUUGAAGAUAGAAAAAAAAAUCAAAACUUUUUUCAUUUGGCCACUCCAGAGAGUAGACUUAUACUAAUUUUAUCGACCAUUUUAGGAACACUGUAUAAACUAAUGGUGGUUUUGAAAAUUACACUCAAAUCAAAUUCAGAGCUUAAUACAAAUUUUUAUUGAUCACAAUUAAACUUGAAUUUUUUGAAUUUUGUUUAGAAUAUUACUCAUAAAUUCAACUUUAUUUCGAGUCUCUAAAUGCCAUAAUUAUUUAUUAAUAUUCGAGUAGUAUAAUAGAGAGUUCAAUAACUUUAUUUUUGACUGAAUUAUUUUU